AUGAGACGAAAUAAAACGAAAUGCGUCGAAAUGAGAGGAAGUGUAUCGUUCGGUCUACCCACCCGGGCAUCCCUCUCUUGGGACAGGUCGAAGCUUAGGACUUUGUGUGGUAGUACUGAGGGUAGAAGCCAUAAGAAUACUUCUACUGAUAGCCAGCCUUCAGGAAGUCCUUUUUCUAGACCUCAGAGUCCAACUCCAGAAGGGGGGGAGAGUAGGUUAGAAGGAAAGUCUUUGGGUUCUUCUAGUAAAGUUGGGGGGAUAGGGGAAGGUAAGGAAGUUGCUUUAAAUAAUCCUUCUGUUCAAGUGAGUCCCAAACUUGUGGACAGAUCUGAGAUUGAAGGGAGUACCACUGUUCCUGAACCAGCUCCAUCUAUGCCUCCUCAACAUCUCACAAUUAGUGAGCUUGUGGAGGUGGAUGUGCAAGAUGAGCAGCCUAGUAAGGGAGGAAAAAAGGCUCAAAGGGGUUUUGUGAGAAAAGCCAGAACUACUAAACCAAUAGGUGAGGGUAUGCAGGUUGAUAGUGUAGUCAUCAAAUCCCGAGGUGACCAGAUGUAA